CACAACAAGUUGUCCCCUCCAUCACCCACGAGAUUGGUCGCUGUCGUCUCCCCCGCGGCUGGAACGAGUGUGCUCUCGCUCGCUGGUAGCUGCCCGUGCCCAUGGACCCGCGGAGCGGCUUCUGCCCGGCGACGAGGACGUUCCGCAGCCUGCGCCCGCCGAUCGCGCUCCCGCCGGAGGACGCGCCCGUCUCCUUCCCGUCCUUUGCUCUGUCCCGCCUCCCCUCGCCGCUCCCGGCGCACCCGGCCUUCGUCGACGCGUCCACCGGCGCCGCGCUCUCGUUCGCGGCGCUCCUCGCCCGCGUCCGCUCCCUCUCCGCCGCGCUGCGCGGCGCGCUCGGCGUCGCCAGGGGCGACGUCACGCUCGUCCUCGCACCGCCCAGCCUGGACGUCCCCGUGGUGUACCUCGCAGUGCUGUCCCUCGGCGCCGUCGUCUCGCCGGUCAGCCCGCUAUCCACGGCCGCCGAUGUCGCCCGCGCCGUCGGCCUGUGCAGCCCGUCCGUCGUCUUCGCCACCGCCGCCACCGUAAGCAAGGUCCCCGCGGCCCGGGAGCUGACCGUCGUUCUGCUCGACUCGCCGCAGUUCGAGUCCUUCCUCCACGGCCACGAACCGGUGGAGGCGGACGGGCCACCGGCCGAGGUGCGGCAGUCCGACGUGGCGGCGAUCAGCUACUCGUCGGGGACGACGGGGCGAACGAAGGCGGUGGCGCAGUCCCACCGGCGCCUCAUCGCGUCGUCGCUGCAGGUCCCCUCGGCGCGGCCGCGGGCGCCCGGCGGGCCCGUGGUGACGCUCCUGGGCGUGCCCAUGUUCCACUCGUACGGCUUCCACAUGCUGAUGCGCGGGGUCGCGGCGGCCGAGACGACGGCCGUGGUCACCGCGCCCCGGGGCGGCGCGGCGGCCGUGGCGGCCGCGGCAGCGAGGUGCCGGGCCACGCAGAUGUUCGUGGCGCCGCCGGUGGUCGUGGCCAUGGCGCGGGGAGGCGGCGGCGGUCCGGAGGGGUUCCCGGACCUUGUCCGGGUCGACUGCGGCGGCGCGCCGCUGAGCAGCGCGGCGGCGUCGGCGUUCCAGGAGAGGUUCCCCGACGUCGAGCUGUCGUUGGCAUUAGGAUCAACUGAGGGUGGCGUGAUAUCAAAGAUGGUUGGUCAUCACGAAUGUCAUCAGAUAAAAUCAACAGGCCGACUAUGUAGUGGUGUUGAAGCCAAAGUUGUUGACAUUAUCAGUGGUGGCCUCUUAUCGACCAAUGAGCAAGGAGAAUUAUGCAUUCAAAGCCCAAGUGUCAUGCUAGGAUAUGUUGGAGGUAACGAAACAAGAAUUUCUGCAUUUGACUCCGAUGGUUGGCUUAAAACUGGAGACCUCUGCUAUUUUGACGAAGAUGGCUUCCUUUACGUAGUUGAUAGACUAAAGGAUCUCAUUAAGUACAAAGCAUAUCAGGUUGCACCAGCAGAGUUAGAGGACGUGCUACAUUUGAUUCCAGGGAUAUCUGAUGCAGCAGUUAUCCCAUACCCGGAUGAAGAAGCGGGACAAUUGCCAAUGGCACUUGUUGUCAGACAAAAGGGGAGCAAUAAUCUUACAGAGGACCAAAUAAUGGAAUUCGUUGCAGAGCAGGUUGCCCCUCACAAGAAGAUACGCAGAGUUGUUUUUGUUGAUUCAAUACCACGGCUGCCAUCUGGCAAGUUGCUGAGGCGUGAGCUGCACAAACAAAUCACACGUUCUCAAAGUAUUAGCCGGUUGUAGCACACACAAGCCGCUUCUAGCAACGGAUGAGGCCAGCCAAGCAGUCAAAAUCAAUGCGAACAAGGGAACAGCUGCCAAAGGUCCUUGGUUAGAAUUAUUGUAUAGAGAUGAUUACCAGAGGUCCUUGAUCACAAUAAACACAUGCCCCACAUGGCGAUAGCUUCCGGAACUUUCUUUCAAUCUUUCGGAUGGAAGGGAAUGUGCCAUGUUUAGAUACAGCCGCAUGCAAAACAGAUAAUGAGAAUUGUGCUUGGAAUAAUACAUGUCCAUAUGGGCAUUUGGCCUA